AUCUACGGACCGAUCUUUCUAUCUUUUUAUCUAUCUAUAGACCUAUCUAUCUGUCCACACACCUCUCUGUCUAGAGAUCUAUCUAUUUUCCUAUCUAGGGCUGGAUCUGCACUUGCCUCCAUCCCAGGAUCCGGUACCAGGUUAUCUGCUUUGAACUGGAUUGGAUGAGUCUGCACUGCCAGAUAAAUUGGGAUCAUAUUCUGGGAUGGAGGCCAGUGUCGAUCCAGCCUGCCUCCUUACUUGUCUAUCUAUCGAUCGUUCCAUCCCCAUUUUCUUGGGAGGCAAGUGGUUUCUUUUGGCGACGAGAGCAGAGAUGUGUAGAGAGGUCUCUUAAUGUUACUUGUAAUUUGGCUGUGGCUGGGAUGUUUAACGUGGUUGUAUUGCCCAUUUUAAUAGUAGCUAUUGCUGCGUUUUAUUGAGUAUUUUAUUUAAAUUGAGUUGGGCUUUUUAUCUUUUGUACGUGUUGUUUUAUGUCAAUUGAUAUUGUUACUGUUUAAAUGUUGAUGUUAUUUUACUUGUAUUUUGUGUGUUUUGAUGACACGAUUAUGUGCUCUUCUGUAACCCGCCCUGAGUCCCUUCUGGGAGAUGGUGGCAGGAUACAAAUCAAGUUGUUAUUAUUAUGACUAUGAUUCUCCAAGGCUCCCAAGAUGAGGGCUGCUCCCCCUAUGCAGAGGCCGCCUUGGAUGCCAAGCCCGGUCCCAUGCCACCCGCACCGUGCCACUGCUCCUGCCUGGCGGAGGAAGGCUGAAGCUGGUGCCUUUCUCCUGCAAAGCCUUUGCUGGCUCCCAGGGCUUUUUUCCAAGGUGCAGCUUUUCCUUGAGGUCUGGCUGGAUUCUGCUGCUCCUAGUAGGAGCAGCAAGGCCAGGAAACUUGAUUCUGCCCCUGGGACAAUGUCUUUUGUUGAUGCCAGCGCUGCCCUAUCGGUACAAACAGUGGCGUUGUUCUCCUGCUGAGUUGGGAGCCUGGUCAAUGAAGGCUUUGUGUCGUAGAAAGUGGGAGGAGAAAUCGAGUUGGAGGCUCGCUUGGCAGUGGCCGAAAUCCAGUCCCUGGGUAUUCUCCACCGGGGGGAGAGAGCUGGUGAGGGCACCUGGGUGGCAAGGGGCCUCCAAGGUGGCUGAGGCUUUUGGGGCUGCAGGGGUCAAACUGCUCGGAAAGAGUCUGUUCCAUGUCGGAGGAGCAUCCUCAAGGUUUCCUGGCAAACGUGGCUUGGGUACCAGCAGGGCAAGAGGAGGUGGGCAGGACGGCACUUGAACCACGGGAAAGGUGAUGGCCAUGCUGCCCCAGGGGAAGAACUGGCGUUCCAUGGGCAAGGGCCUGGUGCUGGGCACCCUCUUGACCAGCUUCAUGCUGCUGCUCUACUCCUACGCCAUCUCGCCCUUGCAAGUCAGCAUGACAGAGACCCCCAUCCCCUCCGCUUGCUCUUCCUUCCGUGCCCCAGCCCACCUGCUGUCCUCAUCCAAUGUGAGCCGCAGCCUGCCAGGUCGCAGGUGCCUCCCCAAACGGGACAUCAUGUUCAUGAAGACGCACAAGACAGCCAGCAGCACCAUCCUCAACAUCCUCUUCCGCUUUGGGGAGAAGCACCGUCUCAAGUUUGCCUUCCCAAAUGGCCGCAACGACUUCUACUACCCAUCCUUCUUUGAGCGCAGCCAGGUGCGGGACUACCGCCCGGGCAUGUGCUUCAACGUCAUCUGCAACCACAUGCGCUUCCAGUAUGAUGAGGUGCGCAAGCUGCUGCCAGCUGGCGCCACCUUCGUAACAGUACUGCGGGACCCAGCAUACCUCUUUGAGUCCUCCUUCCACUACUUCGGGCGCGUCAUUCCCUUGACCUGGAAACUCUCUGGGGAGGACAAGCUGGCCGAGUUCCUGCGGGACCCCUGGCGCUACUAUGACCCCAACGGCUUCAAUGCUCACUACCUGCAGAACCUCCUCUUCUUUGACCUGGGCUACGAUAACACCCUGAACCCCAACAGCCCUCGGGUGGAGCAGUCCAUCCAAGAGAUCGACCAGCGCUUCCACUUGGUCAUGCUGCUGGAGUACUUUGACGAGUCCCUGGUGCUUCUCAAAGACUUGCUUUGCUGGGAUCUGGAAGAUGUCCUCUACUUCAAACUCAAUGCCCGGAAGGACUCCACGGUAUCACGUUUGACGGACGAGCUCUACCAGAAGGCCACCGCCUGGAACCUCAUCGACGCCAAGCUCUACCGGCACUUUAACGCCACAUUCUGGCGCAAGGUGGAUGCCUACGGAAGGGAACGCAUGGCCGAGGAUGUGGCUCGCCUGCAGGAGGAGAACGAGAAGAUGACCCGCAUCUGCAUUGACGGGGGCCGCCCCGUGGACGCCAACGCCAUCCAGGAGUCCGCCAUGCAGCCCUGGCAGCCCCUGGGUGAGAAGUCCAUCCUGGGUUACAACCUCAAGAAGCGCAUCCACAAGAAGCACCGGAAGCUGUGCCGCAAGAUGCUGACCCCCGAGAUCCAAUACCUGACAGACUUAGGAGUUAACCUGUGGAUCACGAAGCUCUGGAGCCGAGUGCGGGAGUUCCUCAAGUGGUAGGUGUGGGUGGCGGCCCCUCUCCCUUACCCACCACGAGAACUGCCUGGUGCUUAUCCUUCCAAUUCCCCUUCUCUUCCUUCCUUCAAUCCUUCCUCAUAUAUUUUGGGGGUCGGCCAUGUUGUCAUCGUGCCACCCGAGAGCAUGCCGACUGGUUUCAACACCAGGCCGAGUCGACAGAAGACUAGAGCGGCUGAGAAACUAAAGAUCUCCUCAUCGCCUCGGCAAAGGCCCUUGUGUGAGCUUGAUGCCAUGCCGAUUCUGAGUGGGAACACUAAAGAGCAGAGCAAACAAUAACAGACCACGACACCAAGAAAAACUCCGUGGUUGUCCGCAGUAUUCUCUCGUCCCUUUUUUCCGCCUCUUCUGUUUCCAGUGUUUGUAGACAGACAAACAGUUUCCUUAUUUCUCUAUCCGUGCGAUUGUUAAGCAACGGCGAGCAUCCGAGGGUUGCGGAGAGGGUUAUCCUUGGUCGGGAGCAUGUUCCUUAAUAACUGUUCAAUAUGGGCAUAACUCCAUCACAAACUUAGAUUGUUAUAAAACCAUUCUACGUUCCCAGUGUAGACACAUGGGAAUGGAUAAGCCGUAACUGUUUGCCUGUCAGUCUCCUUUGUAUGUCAACCCUUCUAAAAGUGUUAUCCCUCCCCCCC